AUGCCGCAGUAUGGGCUACCUAGCCGUAAAGAACUCGGUGACCGGAUACUCAAGACCAUCGCUGAGACCGCUGAACAAGCCUCCAACGCGAACCUGCGAGAGCGUCAGGAAGAAACGGGAGGCCGCCUAUUUCUCUUUGGUGUACUUGUCCAGUUUGAACUCUGUCGUGUGACUCAAAUCACCAUGGAAUCGCUAAAGCAAAGCAAAUGGAGGAGGGCAAGACUAAUCUCGGCACUGCGAUGGCCAAAUAUCGUGUUUCUACGGUGCUUCGCUCAUGAUGUGAACAAUUUGGGUGAAAGCAGUCCCCAAGACGGUGUUCAAGACUGUUACAAAGCAGGUAGCCACUGCCAUCGCAACAUUAAACAGCUCGUCUUCGCUGGACGAAUUGUGAGCAUCCGCUAA